AUGAAGUCGUCGCUCUCCGCGGGCCUCGCGCUCCUCGCGCUCGUCCAGGCUGGUCUUCGCUUCCCCUGCUCGACCUUGACCUUCCAGCGUCUCGAUCCGGCCGGUCAGCCCGGUGCCCUGCCAUCUGCCCACGUCCACCACAUUGUCGGCGGUAACGCCUUCAACGUCACCAUGGAAGGCGAUGUCGGGGAGAGGGCCACCUGCACGACCUGUCAGAUGUCGGAGGACUUCUCGAACUACUGGACUGCCACCUUGUAUUUCAAGGAUCCCAACAACGGCAGCUACCACCGCGUGCCGCCAAUUCCCGUCCAGCCGCUCCUUGGUGGCUCAAACGGCGCCCAAGGCGGACUUACUGUCUACUAUACCCAAUUCGACCUCAGCAGGGAUAACUUGAAUCAACAGGCCAUCAAGGCUUUCCCACCGGGUUUCCGUAUGGUUGUAGGCGACCCUGGCGCGACCUCACUAAACCACGCCGGCCUGAGCUAUCAAUGCAUGACGGGCCAGAGCAGAGGCGCGAUUACCAAUACCAUGCCCACUAGGCCUUGCUCGGGCGGCAUCUUCACCACUCACCAUUUCCCCGCAUGCUGGGACGGCAAGAACCUUGACAGCCCGGACCACAAGUCCCACAUGUACAAUACAGUUACGUCGGAGGGCUUCACCAACGCCCCCAAGUGUCCCGCGUCCCACCCCGUACGCGUGCCUCAGGUAACCUUCGAAACCGUCUGGGAUACCACCAAAUUCAAUAACCUCUGGACAAACGGCGCCCCCAACCCCUUCGUAUGGUCGUUCGAAGGUGCAGCCACCGGCUACGGAACCCACGCCGAUUACAUGUUUGGCUGGAAGGGCGACUCUCUUCAGCGUGCCAUGGAUAAGUCCGAGUGUUUCUACGAUGGCUGCGGUUCCAUCCAGAAGCAGGCCAUGUCUGUGGCCAACCAGUGCACCGUCCCAGAUAUGGUUGGCGAGACGACUGACGGCUGGCUUACGGAGAUCCCCGGAAUGGGAGUCAUGGCUUAG